AUGCCCAACCCCGAACCCAGAGCAGGACUGGCGCUGCACCCUGGCUUUUACAUAGCGGCUUGGAUAUUCUUCUCCAACAUCACUAUUCUGUUCAACAAAUGGCUGAUCGAUAAUGCCGGCUUCCGCUACCCCGUCAUAUUAACGUGGUGGCACAUGACCUUUGCCACUCUGGCCACCCAGGUCCUCGCGCUCACCACCUCGCUGCUCGAUGGCCGCCAUGAUAUCAAGAUGACCAGGACGCUGUACUGCCGCGCCGUGGUCCCCAUAGGUCUACUGUACAGUGGGAGUAUGAUCUUCAGUACCCUCGUCUACCUCUACCUCAGCGUACCCUUCAUACAAAUGCUCAAGCAAGCUGACCAUCUGUUUCAUCAGGCUGCCGCGCCGGUUGUUACCCUCUUCAUCGGCUGGCUAUGGGGCGUGGAGCAUCCGACAUGGUCCAAGGUCCUAUACAUCUUGCUCAUCGUCGCAGGAGUGGUCAUGGCCAGCGCUGGGGAGGUUCAUUUUUCGUGGCCGGGAUUCGUAUACCAGGUCGGCGGCAUCGUGUUCGAGUCCCUUCGCGUCAUCAUGAUCCAACACCUCGUGUCGGAUGCAGGCCUGAAGAUGGACCCGCUCGUCAGCCUCUACUACUACGCCCCUGUCUGCGCUAUUACCAACCUCGUGGUCUCUGUCGCGUGUGGGUGGAGCUCCUUUGAGUGGACACAUGCUGUCGAGGUUGGGUUCUGGAUGUUGCUGUUGAACGCUGUCGUCGCCUUCAUGCUGAACGUGUCAAGCGUCCUGCUCAUUGGCAAAACAUCAAGUCUGGUCCUCGUCCUCACCGGCAUCCUCAAGAACAUCCUCCUGGUCGCUGCCGCGGUUGUUAUUUGGGGUACUUCGAUCGCCUCGAUACAGCUAGUUGGAUACGGACUGGCAUUAGGCGGCCUAGUCCUCUACCAGUCGAGUUGGCAGGAGUUGCAAGCGAACUACAACGCAAGUAUUCAGUGGGCUAGGGACCGCUCGACGACGAGGGGCACUAGGGAGAUACGGUUUCCUCCAUUUGCACGGAAGCCGCUCAUCGUUGUGGUGUCGGUGGUCGCAUCCUCGUUGCUAGUCCUCGCCUGGACCAGGAGAACCCAAUCUUACGGUAUGUCGAUAUCAGUCACAGGAGUUGUGAACGAGUCGGACCGCUUGUCCAAGGGUUGGCUGACCUGGAUACAUGUAAGAGAUGGCAAAUGGUGGAUUGGCACUGGAUGA